AAGAGUAAAAACAAAAAUAAAGUAAACUCCAAACCGGCGAGAAAUGUGAGCCGAGAGUUGAUGUAGAGAGAUAAGGAAGAAGGUGAUACAGAGAGAGCUAUUGAGAUCAAUUCAAUUCAGCAAGGCGCGCACAGAUAGCCAAAUGGGUCUCCUUCCGGCGAGCAGCGUAAGCUGCUGUCUUGGAUGGAAAUCAUCAAGCUUGUUCGCAGAAUCAAGGUUUCUUUCCAGUCAUCAACCUAAACUAUUGAUUUCUCCUAGGUCAAAAUCAACAUCAUGCAAUGGAAUUCCUCAGGCAUCCUCAUCAUCCCCAUCUGAUCCAUUGUUGGUUAAAGCUGCAAGAGGAGAUCCUGUUAGUCGUCCACCAGCAUGGAUGAUGCGACAAGCAGGAAGGUAUAUGGCUGCUUAUCAAAAGCUUUCCAAGAAACACCCAUCCUUCAGAGAGAGAUCAGAGACAACUGAUCUCAUUGUAGAAAUUUCUUUGCAGCCAUGGGAAUCAUUUCAUCCUGAUGGUGUAAUCCUUUUCUCUGAUAUUCUCACUCCCUUACCUGCAUUUGGUAUUCCAUUCGAUAUAGAAGAAGUUAAAGGACCUGUUAUUCAGACUCCAAUUCGAACUGAAGAAGGGUUAAGAGCAUUACAUCCAAUCGAAUUCGAUAAACUCCAAUUCGUUGGAGAUUCCCUUCGCAUCUUACGACAAGAGGUUGGGGAGAAGGCUGCAAUUCUUGGUUUCGUUGGAGCACCAUGGACAAUUGCUACUUACAUUGUAGAAGGCGGUACUACUAGGACUUACACGACCAUCAAGAACAUGUGUCAUACAGCUCCACAUGUUUUAAAGGCCCUCCUUUCUCAUUUAGUGGACGCGAUAUCUGAAUACAUUGUUUACCAAGUUGAAUCAGGUGCUCAUUGUAUACAGAUAUUCGAUUCAUGGGGAGGACAGUUACCUCCGACUAUGUGGGAACAAUGGUCGAAACCAUAUAUUGAAAAGAUUGUGAAGGUAGUGAGGAAGAGAUGUCCUCAGACACCACUUGUGUUGUAUAUUAAUGGGAAUGGUGGGCUUUUGGAAAGGAUGAAAGAAACUGGAGUGGAUGUGAUUGGGUUAGAUUGGACUAUAGAUAUGGCUGAUGGAAGGAGACGUUUGGGUAAUGGAAUUAGCAUACAAGGAAAUGUAGACCCUGCUUUCUUGUUUUCUCCACUUCCUGCCUUGACUGAUGAAAUUAAAAGGGUGGUGAAGUGUGCAGGUCAGGGUCGUCACAUCCUGAAUCUGGGACACGGUGUGUUGGUUGGGACACCGGAGGAAGCAGUUGCUCAUUUCUUUGACGUCGCGAGAAGCUUGAAAUAUGAUAUCGAUGAUGAAGGAAACAAGGCUAUAGAGGAACCUGAAUUGGUAGCUUGAGAUUAGAACUUUUCUGUAACAAAUCAUUUUUGUACAAUUGUUAUUAUUAUCUGAGUUUUUUUGUUUCAACCCCAGCUUAUUGCUCCACUAAUGACUAAGGUUUACCCUUUUGCUGCAA